AUGUCAAGUAUCCUUUGGGAGGCUAUAGAAAGGGCCCGGAUAUGUGAAUCAAUAAUCUUGCACAAUUUGGUUGUGCAUGGUGAUAACCCAUGUGCUCCCAACAACAAAGAACUCUAUGAAACAAGUGGUUUCUUUACUGCAAAAGGUUGUUUUCGCUGUGGAAAGAAUAAUUCAAGAGUGAAAGGUGUUAAUAGAAAAGUAGCCAAAGAAGAACAACAAGAUAAUAAUGAAGAUAAUUCAAUGGUGUUUGACCGAGGGAAGAAGCUUGAAAGCCGCCUGUGUAAUGUGGAAGACCAAAGUCGAUUACUUAAGGCCCAAAUGAAUGAAUUUGAACCCAAAAAAGGACUAAAGAAUGAAGGUAGUGAAAGUGAAAAUUUUGAUGAUACAAGUAGAUUAUGGAUGUUGAAAGAAAAAAAUAUCAGUAGUGUAAAGUUAGUGGAAAAACAUAGUUUGAACAAUAAUGAUCUCCAAGAAAUGUGCAGUGCUUGGAAGAAUAAG